UCAAGGAAUUUUCUUUUGAAUAUUUAUGGACUUGAAUUCGAAAAUUUUGUGAUCUAUCAUGAAUAGACAACCUCCUUGCCCAAUAUAUGUUUUCAGAGGUCAUGAAGGAUCCAUUACAGCUCUACUUAUUGUGAAAAAUAUAGCGGGAUCUAUUUCGGAGGAACCAUCCCUUAUAUCUGGCAGCGAUAAAGGAGAGAUCUUUAUUUGGGAUUUCAAGACUAAACGGACUUACCACAGAUUAAAGAGUCACUGUGACAAGAUGAUCGUAAGCUUAAGCUAUUUCAACUCUUCAAUCUUAAGUCAAGGAAGGGAUGAAAUGAUAAAUGAAUGGAAUUAUGAUAGCAAUCAAUGGAUGGUAAAACGUCAAAUUACAAGCCCAAAUACAGGAUUUUGUGCUUCCCUGCUCUUUCCGUUAAACAAUGAAGCUUAUAUAUCCCAUUUCAACCAAAACAAAAUAAAUAUCCAAAGUUUUGUGACUGAGAAUAUUGACUAUACCUUUAAGUUACCAUCAUCAGCUGGUAUGUGUAUGGGAUUGAAAGUUUUUCAACAAGAAGAACGAGUAUAUUUAUUGGCAGGUUAUGAAAAUGGCUCUGUUGGCUUAUGGGAUUUUGAAACAUCAAUGGAAAAAUCAAACCUAAAAUUACAUAACGAGCCAGUUAUGUGUCUAGAUUAUGACUCAAAAUUCAAACACAGAGGCAUAAGUGGGUCUGUUGAUAAAGAACUACAGAUCUGGGAAGUAACUAAAAAUCUGCAGAUUGUUAAAGUUCAAGAAAUACAGAUAACAAAUCCAGGCAUAAAUGCAGUUCGGAUUAGGAAAGAUGGAAAGAUUGUAAUUACAGCUGGCUGGGAUUGUAACAUCAGACUGUUCAGUUGGAAGUCCCUGAAACCAUUAGUGGUUCUACAGUUCCAUUCACAACCAGUUCAAUGUUUAACUAUGGUAGAAUCUGAUGACAAGAAUCAAUCAAUUUUUAUUUCUGGUUCUAAAGAUAAAAAUAUAGUUUUUUGGUCUGUAUACUAACUGAAAAAUUGAUCUGUGACAACAAGGGACACUCAUUUUUUAACUUUGUCUUCACAAACUGCAACAUGUUUGAAAUAUGUUGUCAUACAUUUAGGGUAUUUUUAUGAGAGUGAAUGCUGAUUUAUAACUAAUUUAGUUAAUUAAUAGUUGACAUUGGAAAUAAAUUGAAAAUAUUAUUUUAAAAAUCCACUGAUUUAAAUUAUUGACACCCUGUGUCAUAGGCAUGCAAGAUGCUGCAAGGAGAGCCGAUGUCGCAGUGGUAGAUUUGAUCUGCAAUCUUGUAGAUGGGGAGACAGAGCCUUCACCAUUUUGCUAAAAGAUGUCUAUUACCUACGAGCAAAAGAUGUACUAUAAACUUAGAACGUGUGCCACGUAGAAACCUAGCAUUAUCAGUUCCAUAGCCAAAUAUGUUUUCAAAUUGUUUUAAAAUAUAUUAUUGUAGAACUUCAUUAAUUUUCUCUGAUAGGGGAUCUAGGUUGUUUGAGUUAAUGAAAGUACAGAAUAAACAAAAUUAUCGAUAAAUGAAGUCAAGAUAUAUAAACAAUUUAAUAUAUACAUUGAAAAUUGUGUUUUGAAUUCAAGAGAAUGAAAUAUAAAACUGCAUAAGAGAAAAUUACGAAAACACAAAACAAGAAUACGAAAUACAGCCUACAAAAAUACAUUAUUGCUCUAGCAUGCCUUUUAUUUAUAUAGGAUGUGCAUGUAAAUUCUGAUACAGCAAAGAGCAGUUAAUUGUGGUCCAGGUUAAUGAGGAUUUACUGUAUCUUCUACUUUUUAUUUCUAAUCAAUUUUGGAAAGAUUUUUUUCAUCCAUCAUUUUUGUAAUAUCUGAUAGCAAGAAAAUACUCUCCAUUUGAUUCAACUGUAACGCAUAGUGAAAGUAAAUAUGGAUCCUAUCAUUUUUUUCAGUAUUUCCCCUUCACUUGCUGGCAGAUGUCAACACAGUCAAAACUUAAGUAUUCAAAUUUCAAAAUAAAUACAGUCAACUCUCGAUAACUCGAAGUCGCAAGUGAUUGGCUAAAACAUUCGAAUUAUUGGUAGUUUGAGUUAUGGGAAGUUUCCUCAACAGUCUCAAGAGUUUGGGACCCGAUGAAAACUUUGAGAUAGUGGAAUAUUCGAGUUAUGAGCUCUGAGUUAUUGAGAUUCAACUGUAUCAGUAUUUUUGAAAUGAAACUUUUUCUGCAAUCUUUUUUUUUCUUUAAAAAAGAGAAGAGUAAAGAAAAAAAAAACAGCUGCUAGAACUAUUCUUGCAUAACUAGUAUAGUAAAACUCCAACUACCCUAAUCCAAUAUGGUGACUAUCUGAAUAGCUUUCAGAGUUAAUGGAGAAAAAAUAAGAUGGAAACAUACUGCAAUCUGCAAAAAAAAUGAUUCUAUCUCUGCACGCUAUUGUCCUUCCCUCCAUGAAGCUAACAUAGGCAUGGCUCAAAACAUUAGUAUUGGGAUAAUGAGUCACUGACUCAUAGGGCAGUUCUAUUACUGGCUUCCAAUGUGUAGCACUUGUUAAGUAUGCUAAAACCUAAAGGUCUAGCCAUUCAUUUAAUUAAUUAAAAGCUAUUUUUCUUUUAAAAUAUUUUUUUUUCUCCCAUUUUAAACAUGCACACAGUAAUUAAAUAAAAUAGAUCCAUUUAAAGAGAAGAUCCAAUCAUCCCAAUUUUUAAUUAUUUGAAUGUCCCAAUUGACCCGAAUAAUUGUAGUUCCACUGUAUUACACAGAGAAUAAGUAUUACAAAGCAGAAGAAGAAAAAUAAGUUUAAAAAGUACUUUGUACUUAAAUUUAAAAGCUUUUGUAUUUGUUAUUUAACAAUAACUAACAGUGCAUACACCCAUCAACUACUUCCUUUUAUGUCAAAGUAAUCAAUUCUAAAAACUAUCACUUAUUAUGCCACCCACAAAUGAUGGCUCUGGGUGGGGCAGGGGUCACAAAAAAGGAGAAAGGUAAACAAGUGCAACAUAAAAGAAUUUUGAUAACAAUAUGUUUGUGAAAAAUAUAGUGCUACAUGUAACAAAGGGAGGAGUAAGAUGAAGUGUGACAUUUUGAGACAAAGGUGGUUUUUGUAAGUGCAAAUUGAAAAAAAUGAGUGUCCAUUGUAACUAAUAAAAUUUGUUAAUUUUUUAUAUGAACAUUUAUUUAUUUUUGCUUUGUUACUAAAAUAUUUUUAAAUAAGUUGUGCCAAUAAUACAUCCAUUAAAUUUAAAAUAUAUGUAAUUUAUGCUGAAGGACAUUUUUUGUUUUUCUUGCAAGUUUUUGUUUUGAUGUUUUUACUUUCCUCCAAAGGAAAGAAAUAAGGUUCAAGAUAUAACACAAAAGAAUGAAAGAGCUUAUUCAUUAGAUAUUUCAAUGAAACAAAUUUGUUUGUAUAUUUUUAGUUCUUGAAAUUCAUAAUCAUCACCACUUACCUACAAUGCAGGUCACUGCCUCCACUGAAGAUUUUUCCACAACUUUUUAUUUUCUUUUCAGUUUUUUAAAAAUUUAACAAUAUGCUAUUUGUUAGAGAAAAUUUACAAUAUGUUUCUUAUUAUUUAAUAGUAUAUUACUUGUUAUACAAAAGUAAUAAAUAAAUAAAAACUGGCUAAAACAUUAUGUUUGCAUUCAGAUCUGAAAUCAAAACAUUUCUUAAAUAUUCAUGAAGAUUUUUAAUUAUUUAUCUUUAAAAUUGUGAUAUGACUUUUCAGUUGAAAUUUUUGACGUAUUUUACUUACUAUAUAAUGUUGUGUUGUAUGAGAGACGAAAUAUGUUGUUGAAC